CCGCGGCUCCCCGCCCCCGGCCCGCCCCUCCGCGGCGCCAUUUUGCAGGCGGCUGUCGCUGGGACCGGAGGCGGCGGCGGCGGCAGCUGGCACUGCGGCGCCGGGGCGAGGCGGCGGGGCCGGGACCCGGACCCAGAGAGGAACAGCCAGCUAGGUCUUGACUCCACUAAUCGGGAUUCCUCAUGUGGCUUUGAGCUUGGACCUCAGUGCCGAAGCAAAUAUAGCUCAGCAACUUGUAACGGAAAGCAUAUGGACAGGUCUACGCAACGUCAUUUAGCCCAUGUAGGUUAUAAAAGCUGAAAUUCCCUCAGCGCCUGAAAGCGACUCAUGCCGAGCACCAGGACAAUCGCAGGGUUGCGGGGACGCCAGCACGGAAGCAGUGGGUGGGGCACUGAUUAAAGGACCUUUCUGGGGAUAGGGUGAAGUUUCACUCUGAAGGUGCUAAGAGAUGCUAUUUGUGGAUCUCAUCUUUGCCUGAGAAUCAGGUGCUCCAGACACCGGAAGAGGCAGCUCUGAGCCUGGACUCCUUGCUUGAAUAAGCCUUCUCUUCCAGUGGCUCUCAUCCAAUAGCUGUGCAGAACUACUCACGUUGUCUUGAUGAUGGGCAUUGGUAAGAACACCACAUCCAAACCGAUGGAGGCUGGAAGCUCAACAGAAGGCAAAUAUGAGGACGAAACAAAGCACCCCACUUUCUUUACUCUUCCGGUGGUGAUAAAUGGAGGUGCCACGUCCAGCGGUGAGCAGGACAAUGAAGACACUGAGCUCAUGGCAAUCUACACUACGGAAAAUGGCAUUGCAGAAAAGAGCUCCCUCGCGGAGACCCUGGAUAGCACUGGCAGUCUGGAUCCCCAGAGAUCAGACAUGAUUUACACCAUAGAAGAUGUUCCUCCUUGGUACCUCUGUAUAUUUCUGGGGUUGCAGCACUACUUGACAUGCUUCAGCGGCACGAUCGCGGUGCCCUUCCUGCUGGCCGAUGCCAUGUGUGUGGGUUAUGACCAGUGGGCCACCAGCCAGCUCAUUGGGACCAUUUUCUUCUGCGUGGGAAUCACAACUUUGCUGCAGACAACGUUUGGAUGCAGGUUACCCCUGUUUCAGGCCAGUGCUUUUGCAUUUUUGGCCCCUGCUCGAGCCAUCCUGUCUUUAGAUAAAUGGAAAUGUAACACCACAGAUGUUUCAGUUGUCAACGGAACAGCCGAACUGCUGCACACAGAACACAUCUGGUACCCCCGGAUCCGAGAGAUCCAGGGGGCCAUCAUCAUGUCCUCACUGAUAGAAGUGGUCAUUGGCCUCCUAGGCCUGCCGGGUGCUCUGCUGAAAUACAUCGGUCCCCUGACCAUCACACCCACGGUGGCCCUCAUCGGCCUCUCGGGUUUUCAGGCAGCAGGAGAGAGGGCUGGAAAGCACUGGGGCAUUGCCAUGCUGACCAUUUUCCUAGUAUUACUGUUUUCUCAAUAUGCCAGAAAUGUUAAAUUUCCUCUCCCAAUUUAUAAAUCCAAGAAAGGAUGGACUGCAUACAAGCUACAGCUUUUCAAAAUGUUCCCUAUAAUCCUGGCCAUCCUGGUGUCCUGGCUGCUGUGCUUUAUCUUCACGAUGACAGAUGUCUUCCCUCCUGACAGCACGAAGUACGGCUUCUACGCUCGCACAGAUGCCAGGCAGGGCGUGCUUCUGGUAGCCCCGUGGUUCAAGGUUCCAUACCCGUUUCAGUGGGGACUGCCCACCGUGUCCGCGGCCGGUGUCAUUGGCAUGCUCAGCGCGGUCGUGGCUAGCAUCAUUGAGUCCAUUGGUGACUACUACGCCUGUGCAAGGCUGUCCUGUGCCCCUCCGCCUCCCAUCCAUGCAAUAAACAGGGGGAUUUUUGUGGAAGGUCUCUCCUGUGUUCUCGAUGGCAUAUUUGGUACUGGGAAUGGCUCUACAUCAUCCAGCCCCAAUAUUGGAGUUUUGGGAAUUACAAAGGUUGGCAGCCGCCGUGUGAUCCAAUGCGGAGCAGCCCUCAUGCUUGCCUUGGGCAUGAUCGGCAAGUUCAGUGCCCUUUUUGCGUCUCUUCCGGAUCCUGUUCUUGGAGCCCUCUUCUGCACGCUUUUUGGAAUGAUCACAGCUGUUGGCCUCUCUAACCUGCAGUUCAUUGAUUUAAAUUCUUCCCGGAACCUCUUUGUGCUUGGAUUUUCAAUCUUCUUUGGGCUUGUCCUUCCAAGUUACCUCAGACAGAACCCGCUCGUUACAGGGAUAUCGGGAAUCGAUCAAGUAUUGAACGUCCUUCUCACGACUGCUAUGUUUGUGGGAGGCUGCGUGGCUUUUAUUUUGGAUAAUACCAUCCCAGGUACCCCAGAGGAAAGAGGAAUUAGGAAGUGGAAGAAGGGCGUGGGCAAAGGGAACAAGUCACUCGACGGCAUGGAAUCCUAUAACUUGCCAUUUGGCAUGGACUUUAUUAAAAAAUACAGAUGCUUCAGCUACUUGCCCAUCAGCCCCACCUUCGUGGGCUACACUUGGAAAGGCCUCAGGAAGAGCGAUGGCGGUCGGGGUUCAGAUGAGGACUCCCAGGCCACGGUAUAGCCUCGCCCGUGCCCGGCAGCAGGGAGGUGUGCACCUGUAGUUCUUGCUGGGUAACAAGAAGUGAAAUACAUGUUUAUAUAUUUACAUUUACAUUCUGCACCCCAGAGCUAAGACAGAUUGCAAAUAGCUUUUCCGUUGUGGGUGGUGAUUGUGUCUAAUACAGUGUCUCACCUGUCUCCUUAUUUAAGCCCUUGACCCCUUGCCCUUCGAGAGUGUCCAUUGCUGGCCGUGGUCACUGAACUUGAAAUUCCAGGCCCUCCUGUGGGUUGCAAUCCUCAGCGAUUCCUUGCUUUUCCCCCCCUUCCACCACCCACUGCUGGCUUUCCUGUAGGCUGCCCGUGGGGUCCGGUGCUUUCUGUUUCCAGAGCCCCUGGACCCACUUCCCCUUUGUUUGGCCUCAGCCUGAGCCUACAGAGAUCUCCUUUGACCAAGAGGCACCAGUGUCCUCGCAGUGUCAUGACUGACUGCCCCAAUGUGAUAACUCCUGUGGCAGGAGGCUGUUGCCCCAAUUAGAGACAGUGGCAUAACUGCUCUGUGCCCAGGUCUAGGCAGGGGUCAGGCCCAUACAGAUAUUACUGAAUGAAACUCUGUUUGGGUGAUUGGAGUAGACGGAAAAGACACUGAAGCCAGUGUCUGAUUCUCAGCCGCUCCUUCCCCUGCCGCCCUGGACCCGGCUGGCCUCUCUUCAUGCGUGACUGAGACACCGUAUCUGGCAUGAUCACUGCUGGCUGGCGUGCCUGCUGCAGAGUGCCACCCCAGGGCACCAAUCAGACAAGCUCACCGGAGUCUUGGCUCGGCUGUCAUGUGGGAUGCUAUUGUCACGUGUGUCUGUAAUUACAAGGUUUUAUUCCUAUUUAAUGUUCUUGACUAUAGCAGAUUUUUGCAAUCAGUGUUUUCCCAUAUGACCCUCUUUACUUGUCUCCCCCAUUCCCCUAAUUAAGAAAAGAACCAGCAUUUGUAAAGCUGUGGACACCGUCAAGGAAACUUGUUGUAAUGGCUUUUGAAGGCCAGUAACCAUUGUUGUGGUUGUGUUUUGUAUUGCUUGAUACCAUGAAAGUGUAAAUACUGUAAUGCCUAAUCUAUUUAUCAAAACUGACUACUGGACCAGAGCCCAGAAACCAUGGGUCAAGUUAUAUGUGAAUUUGUUUUGUAAAGAAUGGAAACAGGGCAGGUACCAGACAGGGCCACCCCAUGGAAUGGUGGUUCAAUUAUCCGGUGUAUUCAGUCCUCCAGCUCUGAUGUAGCAGGCCAUUUCUGGCAGCCAGGGCCUAAGGAGACUUUCUGUCAGUUGCCAUGCUGCAUGCCCUUUAGAUCUUGAUCUUGCAGAGGGUAGGGUUAGAUCCCUCAGCCAAAUACUGCCUUUCUUGGAAGUUGUUGCAGAAGGUAGUGAGAAAAGCAGCCAACGGGUUCCCUCUGUUAAGAGAAUUCUAAUUAACACUAAAUAUAAAAAGUGAUUUCUGCUUGAAGCAAAAGUUUGGUUUGAAGUUUUUCAGUCCAAGGAAAAAAGCCAGAGAUACGAAGUAGUGACCCUGCUUCAUGAGGUUGUACAUCUUGGGUCAUUGAGCUGCCCAUGCUUUGGUGGGCGGCAGGCUCUCCUGACUCCUGUCGCCUGCAGCAGGGUGUGGUUCUCAGUGGCCUGGUGUCCACACAGUGCAUUUCCUGUCCCCCUCAGCCCCAGGCUGGUGCGGCUUUCCGCAAUGCAAGGCUGACUUGCCCUGACUAUUCUGUCUCUGUAGCCCCCUGGCCUCCUGGAAGUUCAGGGCUUCAGGAUUUAUUCUGGAAGAUCACCUCAGAGCCACUACAUUGUUUUGCCAAAACCUUACUGCAGAUGAAGUAAAGAACUUAGAUUCUAAAUUACAUUUAAUUUUGUAUAUUUUUUAAAAUGUGUAUUCUAAUGCAUAGUUUAGAAGCACACUGGUUCACUAUUUCCAUACCUCUUAAGGUAGUAAGCCCCCGAGGCUGACGCCCUCUUACCCUGAGUUGCUCUCAGUUCCUCCUAUUUGUAUUUUACCGAACAUCGCCAGUUUCUUUGCUCUGAAAAAGUUGGGGGAAACUGCUAAACGUUCCAGAGGUUUGCAGUAAUCCAGCUUUCUAGGUGAGCAGAAGGACCAAAUAGACAAAUAAAAGCAUGGGCACCAUUAAUAAUUCAGGAGCAUCUAACUGGGCAUCUUCCCUCCUCUGAAUAAUGCUCAAGGUGUAUACUUUAGAUGUCCAGAAACUCACACCCUUCUGAAGCCUCUCCUUGGGCCAGGUUUUAUUGGGAGGCUUCCACCCUGCUCUUCUGGGGGAUGUCUUCUGCAAGCGCUCAUAUCCUCCGCUUCUGUAGCUCCUGUUCAAAGAGGGUUUCCACCCUUCUCAUUCCACUGGGGCCAUCUUUUGAUACUCUGUCUAAGGAGGUGGGGGGUUAGGGGGAUCAGACAUAUGGAGAAAAGAGGACAGCCUGCUUGCAUGCCUCCCUUGGAUCUGGUACUUGGUGCACAGCCUGGAGUGGUUGCAGUCCCCUACAACUCACACACACACCACUUUAGGAAGGCGCCCUCUUGGAGGCACGUAUGCUAUAGAGUGAAAGUCCGUAAUUGAGAGAGAAAGACUAUAUCUGCUUCUUGGGUUGAACGUCCAAAGGGAGGUUUUUAGGGACUCAGCGGCCACAAGUUUUGUAACACUUCCCAUUCACACUGUUGGCCUGCAAUGCUGAGGCUUAGGACCAUCGUGCUUUGUUUUGCCGGUAGAUUGUUCUAAAAUAUUUUGGAUGUGAAUGUCCUCACAGGCCAUUUAGACUCCAGUUUCCAUAGUGACUACUUACCCACCUUCGUAUGUCACCUGCCUGGUCCCUGAAAGAAAACACCUACAUAAGGACAGGAGAUGAUGCCCUCUUCAAGUGCAGAUGGGGGACUGGUUCACAGAGUAAUGGGAAGGCUGCAGUCUGUGUAAGCAAUCUUCAUUCUCAUUAGGAAAUUUAAUGUAGGUUCACUGAUACGUUUUACUUUCAGAAUAUUUCUUAAGGAGAUUUCAGAUGUUAACUUUUAGUUUCUUGGGGGGGCUGAACCAUGCCAUCCAGAGGGCAGCAUCAUGGGUCCUGGUAGUUUCCCAUUUUCAUGGUAACAAAUUCACACACAAGUUUUGCUUUAUACUGUAGAAUACUGACUUUCAUGAUGACAACUUGGUUUAUGCAUGAAUAUUGCAGUAUUUCCAUAUAGUAAAAUAACAUUUCUACCCAGGAUAAUAGUCACAGUUUUCCAGGGAGGGAAUGAUAUAAUUUUCAUGACAAUGUCAUGUGAUGAUAGAAUUUCUCCAUUGAUGAAUCUCUAGUAUGUGUGUAUACUUUAUUUACCCAUAUACGUAUUUUAUGACCAUGAGCUAAGUUGUUAUUUCUUUCACUCAUGUCCCUGCUGAACUAUUGGUAACUUAGCAACUUAGAUGUCAAGCUGUCGAUCUUUAGUGAUAUCAAUGCCGUAAGAGUGGCCAGGCCAGACAGAAGGAGAAGGAGGAGCUGGAGUGGAAGCCUCAUUCCAGAGCUGGUCUGGCUGGAGAAGAGGCAGCCUUCUACAGGCACCUGUGCUCGGGGUGUACACUCAGUGCAGGUACUAGCGUGGCAUGGCGGGCAGGAAGGCCUUCUUGACUCCCUGUCUAUGGACGCCAGCUGUGCACCCUGUUAGUGGUGGCCCCAGUGCCUAACCAUUCUCAGAGCUCACUUCUCCAAGGAGCCAGCCCUUAGCUUUAGAGAAAAGGCCAGGGAGUCCUGUGCUGCCUGUUGUACUCUGCUCCUCAUGUUUUGGGGACAGAGAAUAGGACUUCUCCUACCCUCUGCCCCUCCUCCAGUCAGACCCGAGUAGUGCAGGAAGGCCCCCGGUUGUUGCCACUGUUCAGCUUCCGCCCACAGACCCAUAAAGCAGGUCCCUUUUCAGCAGCCUCAUGAGCAUUCCCGUCCUUUCAGGUGGUUGUUGACUGUGCUUCACCAUCACCCUGUCAUCCAGCGUCCGUAGCAUUGCUGUGUGUGUUUCUAGGCACUUAGGACACCCUUAACCAGCCUUGCCAUCUUAACUGACAGUUAAAUCAACAUCUUUUUUGUUCAUUAGUAACAACCUUUGUUUGACACGUUAAUACAUUUCUGACUGUUCUUAAAAUAGUGGGGAUGCCUAUAUUUUCCUUGAGUUUUUGUGACUGACUGACUUUGGCUAUAUACCUUUCUGGGAUUUUGUUUGUUUAUUUUUAUUUUACAUACCAAGGAUAUUUGGGGUGGGAUUGUUUUUUGAGAUGUGUAAUUCUUUUAUGGAGUUUAUAAAAAGAAUUUUCAUAUUGUUUUUCUAACAUGGCUUCAUUAAAUGUUUAAGUAUUUUAAAAAUAUGUAAUAUUUGGACCAGAUGUUGUGAAUAAUAGUAGAGAUAAAGCUAUUUUAUUCUGUAUUUUUAAAACUGUUCCGUACAAAUAAAAAGCUCUCCUGGACACAG